AUGCAGACAGACAUCGAUCGCCAAUUGAAAAAGCACGUCGCACCCGGAUAUGGCGGAAUCUCUCAAGAAAUGUGGAUAGCGGCUCCGGAAACAAUUCGAGCAAGAGAGCGCAAGAUUAUUGAUUUAAUCCUCAAGUCUGGAAGAGCACCAGCGAUUCUCCGACGGAAGCAGAUGGUAUUUCUACCCAAAGCAGCACAUGUAGACCCAACAUUGGAUAAUGCAAAAGGCCUACCGCCGCGGCGACCUAUUACAGUUCAAUCCGCGCUCGCCCGCCGGCUUUUCUUGGUUCUUAAACGAUAUGUGGAGCCCGGAAUCCUAAUCAGUCGAAUGCAGCACGGUUUUCAGACUGACCGGACC